AUGGCGUCCAUGCAGAAGAGCCACGAGGAGCGCGCGCAGUCCGCGGCGCAGAAGGCGGCCGACGAGCUCCACGCGUCGAGGCGGGACCAAGUCCGCGAGGAGGCCAGGGGCGUGGCGGACGCCGCCAUGGGCAAGGCCGGCGAGACGAAGGACGUGGCGGCGGACAAGCCGCGUGGCGUCAGGGACGCGGCGGCGGACAGGACCACAGAUAAUAAGGCGGGGGACGAAGCCGAGUCGGAGGAGGAGGACGUGAUGCUGCGGGUGAAGGCGGCGGACCAGAUGACGGGGCAGGCGUUCAACGACGUCGGCAAGAUGGGGGAGGAGGGCACCGACGUUCCACGGAGACGCCGUUCUAGCUGA